AUGUCAGGCCCGACAGGGAACGCUGCUGCAGGCGGCCACCGCUGGGAUGCAGAGCGCUUUACCAAAGAGCGCGAUGCACGACGAGAACCAGCGCCGUACCGUGAGAUGCGCCCGCGAAGGGCAACGUCGGUAGAGGAGCGUGAGGUGAGGAAAGACAGGCGAUCGCUCUUCAGCGGUGCCCAGGACUACCUACAGCCCACCGAGACGCAGAACAACCACCUCAUCCCCGUCAUCCGCCCAAGGAGAGACCACAGCGAGAGGAGGCGACAUGAUGCAUCCCCGGCUCGCGCUAGUGACGACCGUGAUUUUCGGCGCCCAACGCUGCUCCGUCGUCAGUCGUCGCUGGACAGGUUCGAUCUCGCAGCGUCGAAGCGUUCGCAUGACUAUCGACGGUACGAUAGGGAUGACUACGGGCCGCCGGUCACGCCCAGGAAACGCAGUUCCUCUCGGCUGCCAGACAUUAAGCUGGAAAACCUCCGCAUCUCAGAGCACACUCUUGUUGGUGAUGACACCGCUCGGAGGAGUAUGAGCGAACGCAACAGAAGCAUAACCCCUCGGGGGAGGCGGUCUUCGAGCGUCAGACCGGAUGCUCCCCGCGCAAAGUCAGGACGGGCAAGCCCAAAGCCAGGGACUACCCGUAUACCCAAGCAUAUGGUGGCUCCCCGCGCUCUCGAAGAACUUGGCUAUGACUAUGAGGAAUAUGAGGAGGAUAUCUUGAUCUACAAGGUACUUUCAGACGAGCGCAUUCAUGAACUGGUCGAAUGUAGCAAAUUGAUGCGACAAGGCGCCCUACCCAGGAGGACCAAGGAGAAGGAGACGGUCAUACUCGGUGCCAAAGAAACUCCCAUAACCGUCGAGCGACGUCGCUCUGUAUCCAGGCGGAGAGCCAGCACCCCUCCUCCGCCCAUGGAAACACUGCGGCCGGUGAGGACUUACUCUCCCUCUCCACGCCCACGAGCUAGACCAAGACACGUCCGUCGACGGUCGUCUCCCAUCCGCGUUCUAGAAGUGGAGGACGACCAUCCGGAACGCCUCCUGGUACCAUACCGCCACCACAUGUCUGAGCGUGAGCUUGUGAGGGCCAUCGAAGGGCCUACGGCUGAGGUAGUCGUCAAGAGAGACCAUAAAGCACCGACUCCUCGACUUCUUCGUGCCAUGAUGGCAACCCUCACUUGA